AUGGAUGGAUCCCCAGCUGCCCUGCUGCAGCUUUCAAUGGAUGGAGGCGUGCAGGAGCAGAAGCAGAGGCUGGAAGCUGACCUGGAGGAGCUGGGAUCAUUGAAUGUUGUCAGUGAGCUGCCUGGUGUUGGAAGGAGAAGCAGUUCACACAAACAGGUUGAACAGCUCCAGGCAUUUGCCACAUUAGAACCCAGCAGUAAAAGCAGCAGGGCUGAAAGAUGGCAGAUGCAGAGUCUGUGUGCUGGAUCUCAGCAGGGUUCAAUGUCAAGUAUUACCAGUGCUAUUGUUAAUGAGCGACUCCAGGAAUUAGUUAAACUCUUUAAAGAACGAACAGAACAAGUCAAAGAAAAGCUCAUUGACCCUGAUGUAUCCGAGGAUGAGGGAAGUCCAACUGCAACACCCAUGAAGGCGGCUCCGGCAGCCCCUCCCCCACCCCCAGAGGAAAAAAAAGAGGAGAAGGAGGAGGACGAGCACUACUGUGAGAUGAUGUGCUGCCGAUUCAAAACAGAACCUUGGCUCAGACGGAUCAAAUCAGUGGGGCUUCCAUCCAGCGUUGAUCCUUUCAGCAAUCCGUUGUAUGUCCUGUGGUUAUCCAUUGUGGUAUUAGCCUGGAAUUGGAAUGUUUGGCUAAUCCCUGUGCGUUGCACCUUUCCCUAUCAAACACCUGAUAACAUCCACCUCUGGCUUUUGAUGGAUUAUUUUUGUGAUCUGAUUUACCUGACGGACAUGGUUGUUUUCCAGUCCCGCCUCCAGUUUGUUCAAGGAGGAGACAUUAUAACAGCAAGGAAACCUAUGAGAGAAAAUUACCUAAAAACCCAGAAAUUUAAGAUGGAUUUGGUGUCUCUUUUGCCUUUGGAUGUUUUGUACUUGAAACUAGGCUUCAAAGUAUUGCUGAGAGUUCCACGCCUCUUGAAGUACAUGACCUUUCUUGAAUUUAAUGACCGAUUGGAAGCAAUAAUGAGCAAGGCUUAUAUUUACAGAGUGAUAAGGACCACGAUAUAUUUACUGUACAGCCUCCACAUAAAUAGUUGUCUAUACUAUUGGGCAUCUGACUAUGAGGGCAUUGGAUCCACAAAGUGGGUUUAUGAUGGUGAGGGGAACAGUUAUAUGAGGUGCUAUUACUGGGCUGUGAAGACCUUGAUUACAAUUGGAGGGUUACCUGACCCACAGACAGUGUUUGAAAUUUUCUUUCAGCUUGUCAACUACUUCAUGGGAGUCCUCAUCUUCUCCAUCAUGAUUGGCCAGAUGAGAGAUGUGGUGGGUGCAGCUACUGCUGGGCAGACUUAUUAUCGAAAUUGUAUGGAUAACACCGUGAGAUAUAUGAACUUGUACAAAAUUCCUCGAGGAGUCCAGAACCGAGUGCGGAAGUGGUAUGAAUUCACCUGGGAGUCACAAGGAAUGCUGGAUGAAACAGAGCUAUUGGUACAGCUCCCUGAUAAAAUGAGGCUGGACAUCGCCAUUGACGUUAACUACAACAUUGUCAGUAAAGUCGCACUCUUUCAGGGCUGUGACAGACAGAUGGUUUACGACAUGCUGAAGCGACUCAAGUCAGUUGUAUAUUUGCCUGGUGACUACGUAUGUAAGAAGGGAGAGAUUGGAAGAGAAAUGUACAUCAUUAAAGCUGGAGAGGUCCAGGUUGUUGGUGGCCCUGAUGACAAGACUGUGUUUGUAACUCUGCGAGCAGGCUCUGUGUUUGGUGAGAUCAGUUUGCUGUCUGUGGGAGGCGGGAAUCGGCGGACUGCAAAUGUCGUUGCUCAUGGAUUUGCAAAUCUUUUCAUCCUCGACAAGAAAGACUUGAAUGACAUUCUAGUCCAUUAUCCGGAUUCUCAGAAACUGCUCCGAAAGAAAGCUAAGAAACUUCUUUCUAAAGAUGAUGCAAAAUCAGUAAAGCCAGAACCAAAAGGAUUCCAGCAUAUCAUCCCACCCAGACCUGAGACUCCGAAGUUAUUCCUCGCAGCCCUCUCAGUAGCAGGCAAAUAUGGAAUCAAAGGAACAUUCUCUCUUAUCAAAAAGAAACUUGUGGAAUCUGCCAGCAUGCAGCCUAUCCCAAAACCUCCUCCCUCCCCUGUUCAUCAUCGGUCACCUGUUUCAGCAAAAAAGCUGGAGGACGCUGAUGACGACGAUGAUGAGGUUGUUUCAGAAUCGAUGGAUUCAUCUGUCUCGAUCAGGAUGUCUCCUUCACGUGAUGGGUCAAAGGAACAUAUUCUAUCUGUGGAAAUUCCAGAUGAAGGAGAAAAAAAUGUAAUGCUGCGGGUGCACACGGCGAGUGAUUGUACUGCAGGGGUGAUCCAGGCAUCACCUGGUGCAGCAUGCAUGGGAGAGCCAGAGGUGAAUGCUGUAACAUCUGCAGCAGCACUGGUGUGGUUGCGUGACUUGCAGAGUCUGGGAUCAGCCCGGUCAGCUGCAGCCUGCUGCCUGACUGAAGAAAGUGGAGCAGUCGUCACGGACUGUGUUGCUGCUGCUUAUAAACUGGCUGAGUAG